GAGAACUCUGCAUACUGUAUCUCAGGAAUCGCCAUGUUGUCAUUCUGCCGUCUUUGAAGCUCUGGAGAAAGGAGGCUCCAUCUUUGUUUGACUAAUUUCCGUUCGGAAUAUUUCCUUCGACGUUGUUUACGAAACGGUGAUCUAAUGUAACAAACUGUUAUAUCGGUCGUUCGCUCGACGGCUAAGUGAUCCAUUUCCCCAAUAAAUUCGACUUGAAAAUAAAAAAGUUUAUCUUUACACGGUAUAUUUGCAAUCCUUUCCAUUGCUGUAGGGUAGGUAAUGGCGGGCAGUCAGGCUUCUCUUGCAGGUCCUCAACUGCACGGCAGCGCUUAAAAGGGCAAUGGCUAGCCUGUAGCGAGCUUGCUAACAAAAAGCAUUGCAUGUGUCAUUAGUGACUGAACAGCGGGCAAGUGAAGGUAGAACUGUAUUGUGCGGUUCUUCCUCGUGGCAGCUAGUUUAAAGAAACAACCGCGGUGCCUCGACAUAAAACAUCAUGCAACCAAAUACCUUUAUUGAUGGCUCCACUCGACAGCCUUAUCAAUGUUUCACUUUGCACAAUGUUUCACUUUGCCACUGUGCGAAUCAUGAUAUUUGACGUUCAGCGUUAACUUUCUUCAACCCUUUUAUCUAGCUUUUGGUUGCGUAACGACUGUCCCUCACGUAAACUUUUUAAACGAUGAUAUUUUGUUGUGAGGAAUUGAAAUGUUGCAAGUAUUCAUACAUAAAUCAGGAAACCGCCAGAAUAACAACCACUCCUGUCAUUGAGGUACGAGAACUUGUCCUGGAUAACUGCAGAUCAAAUGAAGGGAAAAUCGAAGGUCUCACAGCAGAAUUCGUCAAUCUGGAAUUCCUCAGUUUGAUAAACGUUGGCCUAAUCUCAGUCUCCAACCUUCCCAAACUUGGGAAACUCAAAAAGUUGGAACUCAGCGACAACAGAAUCUCUGGUGGCCUUGACGUGUUAGCAGAGAAACUCCCCAACCUCACACAUCUAAAUCUAAGCGGAAACAAACUGAAAGACAUCAGCACGUUGGAACCUUUGAAAAAGCUGGAUGGCCUGAAGUCUCUAGACUUGUUCAACUGUGAGGUGACCAACCUGAACGACUACAGGGAGAGUGUGUUCAAGCUGCUCCCUCAGCUCACCUACCUGGAUGGGUACGACGUGGAGGACCGAGAGGCAUCCGACUCGGACGGAGAGGUCGACGGUGUGGACGAUGAUGAUGAUGAGGAAGAUGAAGAGGGAGAGGAGGAAGACUUGGAUGAGGAGGAUGAUGACGAUGAAGAGGGAGUAGAAGGAGAGGAGGAAGAUGAGGUCAGCGGCGAUGAGGAGGAGGAAGACCUUGGCAUUGAAGGUGAAGUUGAAGAUGAAGAUGAUGAGGACGACGAUGAAGAGGAAGUCGAGGCUGUCAAAGGCGAGAAGAGAAAGCGAGAACCCGAUGAUGAAGAUGACGAUGAUGAUGACGACGAGGACGACGAUUAAGAGCAAAAAACAAGAGCCUGUCAAGUUACCAACCCCUUCCCUCUCCACCCUUACACCCUGCCUACGCCACGCCCCCCCAGCUUUUGAGUCAAAGACUGUACCGGAUGGGUGGUCCGAGUGGAGCUGCCUGCUCCCGAUGGAACAGAGAGCCAUUCCCAAGGUUCUCAAGCAGCGCACCACUCCGCAUUCCACAAUUUCACUGUCAACUCCCCCUUUAUGUAUACCUGUGUGAGGACUUUGGGACUGGUAUCUAGUUUUGGGUCUGUGCUUUUAAUAUUUUGUUGGAUGAAUUUAUAUUUUAAGUUGUUGGAUUUAUUAUUUCUUCCCCCUCUUCUUUUGUCUUUGUUUUAUUUUCCGUUCCUUACCCCCCCCAAUAAAAUGAUUGCUAUAGCAGCUGUGUGAUGAGCGAGCUAUGAUUUUUGUGGCCGCCUGUUGCACAAAUCAAGGUUGUAGCUACAUUUUUACUUCCUGUAUGACCAAACUACUUUGUAAAUAAAAUGUUACAAUUUUGA